CAACAGGCUAACAUGUUUUCUAAUUAAACUUAAUCAUCUGAUUGAUUUAAUUGUUUCUUUUUUUGUUUUUGAUUUUUCAAUUUACGAUUUUAUUGAUUACAAGAUUUGUGUUAAAUGUGAAAGUCUAGAGAACCAAUUGUUAAUCAGUUAAUUGUGACCUUUAAGAUUUGUUUUUCUUUUCUUUAGUGAAUAAUGUUGGCAAAUCGAUGGACUAAAUCGGUCUCUUGUUUCUUUCAACCUAAUGUUUCAUGUCUGAGAUUUUCUAGCUCUUCAUCUUCAUCUGGUUAUGCUGAAUAUGAGAGAAAAAAAUUUGCUCGGAGAUUCGGUAAUAUAACUCGUCAUCAUGAUAAAGGUUUACUUCCCAGGUUGAGUAGACAAGAAGCUGGAUUAAAAUCAAUUCCGGUGAAAGCUACUACUAACCCAUGGCAUCCAAGAAAUGCUUUACUUGGACAAAAUGAUUACAUUGAUAUUCUUGGGACUGGUAAUACUCACCCAGCAACUUUAUUAAAACACAUCCCAUGGUAUUUAAGAGGUUGGAGAGGCCAUGAAAUGGAAAUGCUACAAAGACAAGCUGCAGUUGAUACAUCAAUGGAAACCUCUCGUCCCGAAAAAUGGCAUUACCUACAAAAGCGUAUCAGUUAUUUAUACCAUUUUAGAAAUCGAAGAAGUAAACCACCAGCAAAGUGCCCUAAAUAUAUCUAAAAAUUCAACACUAAUCAUCCUCCAAAAAAAUCUUCAAUUUCCAGAAAAACAAAAAUCUAGUUCAUUGUAACGAUAUUGAUGAAAAUAAUUUCUCAGCCCAACUCAUGUCACUUAUUAGAUAGUGACCAUGAUUUACAACUAAUCAAAUCUUGUAUCAAUCCCCUCCAAUACAUGAAAUCAAUGUAGAUAAAUUAAAUAAAAAAAUCGAAAAACAA